UGUGUGUGCCAAAAGCCACUGCUCAGGUUCCCACAUUCCCCUCGACUUGCUGACCACGGCUUUCCGCAGAGAGCUUCACGAUGACGUCCUACACUGACAAAGGAGAAAAGCCAGCGAGAGGGCGAUUUUUGAAGUUCCACCAUGUCACCUUCUGGGUGGGCAAUGCCAAACAGGCUGCCGUGUUCUACUGUGAUAAAAUGGGCUUUGAGCCUCUGGCUUACAAAGGACUGGAGACUGGCAGCAGAGAGGUGGUGGCCCAUGCCAUCAGACAGGAUAAGAUAAUAUUCGUCUUUGAGUCUGCUCUGAAUCCUGGAAAUGAAGAGAUAGGAGAGCACCUGAUAAAACAUGGUGAUGCUGUCAAGGACAUCGCAUUCCAAGUAGAGGACUGCGACGCUAUAGUGAAGAAAGCCAAAGAGAGAGGUGCAAUGAUCGUCAAAGAACCCUGGGUGGAACAGGACAGCCAUGGUAAAGUGAAAUACGCUAAGAUUCAAACGUAUGGAGACACAACACACACACUGAUUGAGUAUAUGGGGCCAUACACAGGCCUGUUUCUGCCCAGCUUCAAGGAACCUCUCUUCAAGGACCCCUCACUACCAAAACUGCCACCGGGUUGCCUGAAUUUUAUCGACCACAUUGUGGGAAACCAGCCAGACGACGAAAUGGUGCCGAUAUCGGACUGGUACCAGAAGUGUCUCAUGUUUCACAGGUUCUGGUCUAUAGACGACAAGCAGAUCCACACACAGUACAGCGCUCUUAGAUCCAUCGUGGUCACCAACUACGAGGAGACCAUUAAAAUGCCCAUCAACGAACCCGCCCCAGGGAAGAAAAAAUCACAAAUCCAGGAGUAUGUGGACUAUAACGGCGGCCCUGGGGUUCAGCAUAUCGCCCUAAACACAUCAAACAUCAUCCAAGCCAUCGUGAACCUCAGGGCCAGGGGAAUGGAGUUUCUGUCUGCUCCUGACACGUACUACGACAGUCUGAGAGAGAAGCUGAAAACAGCCAAGAUCAAAGUGAAGGAAGACCUCAACACACUGCAGGAGCUGAAAAUCUUAGUGGACUUUGAUGAUAAGGGCUAUCUGCUCCAAAUCUUCACCAAACCCGUCCAGGAUCGACCCACCCUCUUCCUGGAGGUCAUUCAGAGGAACAACCAUUUCGGCUUUGGGGCAGGGAACUUCAAAUCUCUGUUUGAGGCUAUCGAGAAGGAUCAGGACGCUAGGGGCAAUCUCACAGCCCUGACAUCAGAUGGAAACCUAAAGGCUUUUCGCUAAAACAAAACAAAAACCAAAAAAAGCUCCACCCACAGUGUCCCUGCAAUACACAAAUAUGUCAGAAACAAAUACAUGUUUACCUCUUCAGUUACAGUUCAAUGCAUCGUCAGUUCUAAAACACAUGUAUGCAAGCAUGCAUGCAUGCGCACACACCAACACACUCACAAAUACACACCUCACAUUUAAACUCAUGCUAUAUUCCUCCUGAGAACAUAAGCUACACUUCAGUAUCAUCUAGUUAUGUGCCGACAUACAGCUCUAGACUUUUCUGGUGGGACUCCAACCCAAGACGAAGAUUCAAUAAAGCCAUCCUUACGAGACCAACAAUGAACAGAAGUGAGUUUGCUUACUUAUGUUUUCCCCACUCAGUUAUGACUUGCCAAACGCGCCAAUAGUCCUUGUUCGUAAGAGAAAGAUCUACAAAGUUAUUUUGCCGUCGAUCGUUGGCAGUGGCUGUCUUUGACUUGGAAAGGACAGACUGUUUACGACAGAAAGCAAACAGCUUGGACUGGCAGUGCCUCCAGAUGUCUGGCCAUGGUUUUGUAAGGCAGGUAACCAUUGUCCCCAAUUAGUUAUUAAUUAAUAACAGAGAACCACAGCAAUCAUGACAUUAUCACACACGCACAGUCGCGACCAACCAUAUGGACUGAUCAUGGAGUGACCAUCAAACAUAAUAAAAUUAUCAUAAAAUGUAUGACCUUUAUUAUAAAUAAUAAGGCCAGUGGACUUUAAAGCCUGGUUUCAUGUCAGAAAGAAAAGAAGUGUACAAACGUCUCAUUGCGUAACACUGUUUAGUAAACAGGUAAACAAAUUUUAACUUCUUCUUCAAAAGAGUCAUUUGUGGUGGAAAUGGUGUAAUUAGCUGAGGUAUCUCAAUGAGCAGCAGGUAAAAUAUCUGUUUAAAUCUAGAUCUUAAUUAGAUGUCUCUGUUGGAAUCUGCAUUAAACAGCAAAACAUGGUUUAAAAAAAGAAAUCGUAGUUCUCAGUUGAUGAAAAAAAAAACAUUCUCAGUUGUUUUCUUUUUUUUUUAUUUCAAAAUAAUUUAUUUUGUACGUAAUUGGAAUGAUGUCAGGUUGAUACAUCUAUGAUGGCAGGCUUAAAUUUCAUAUCUUUACAGAUAUCAUUCCAAAAAUGAGAAAAUAACAUUUUCAUUUUCUCAAACCUGGACAAAACAAAACAAAAAAACGGAUAAAUAUAUUAGUAAAUAAAUAUAUUAUUGACAUAACCAAGUUGAAAUGCUCUAUUAUAUAUAAAAUACAACACUUUCUCUUAGUUCACUUUCUUUCUUUCUUUCUUUAUACACAAAGUAUCGAAAAUAUAUUGGCAUGUCCCUUCGAUUUCCGGAGGGCUUUUUUUUUUUCUUUUCUUUUUUUUUUGCUCUAUUAGAAAAAAGGCAGUUUCAGCUCAUUCUUAAUUAAAACCAAAACAAACAAUCCAAAAGAAAAAAAAAACCAAAGAAACAAAACAAAACAAAAAUAAACAGAGGGGACCCAGAGGAGAUAAAAUCGCCCCAAAUGUGUGGUGAUAUUUUAUUGAUUCUUAAUGAAAUGUUCUUGUUGUGCUAGCGAUGUGCUGUUGUUGUUUUUGUUUGUUUGAUUUGAAUGCUUCUUUCUUUUUUUUUUGUCCUCCAGGCCAAAGUGCUGUCUGUAGUACGAAUAUUCUUAUCAUAAAAAAAACCUUUGAGACGCUAUAUGAGUGUGUCAGCAACAAAGAAGUGCAUCAUAACCAUCCUCUUUCAGGGAUAACAUAUCUGAUGUUUAAUUAUUUUUAAAAAAUGUGUUUAUAGUUUAAGAAAUUUACUGUAAAUCUGUCACACGAUUGUCUUAUUUUCUGAAGGACAAAUAGGCACUUGUAACACUAUAAACUUUUGUUUUCUGCUUA